UUUAGAAGCUGACUGCAUCAAACUCAUCCUACUCGAGUACAGACAGAGAUUCUGUCGAACCACAAAUCGCAAAAUUACUAAACUAUACUAUCAAUCACCUCAGCCAGCCGCCUGCUAACCCAUCUAUCUACCCUUUUCUCUCCCACUCUCAAUUGAGUCUCAAGAAUCCUCCACUGACUCUAAAGGAAUUCGUCUCUCCGCUUCUUUCUGAUUUUACUGCAGUCUGCGUGCAAGUGAUUGCUGCCAGGUUUUUGUCAGUGCGUUGCCGUUUUUAGAAGCAUUUGAUCCACCUGCGAGAAAGGGUCCCUUGAAUCCCCUUGAAAGACUUUCUUCCGCUCUUGUUUUGAAAGUUAACGAUCCUUCCACUUACUUCCCUUCCCUCGUGGCACCCAGGCUUGACCCACUUCGAUACCUGUUACUCCUACAUAAGCCAAAGACGUGGAUCAACGCCAUCUUUUCCAGAUCGAAAUAGCCUGUGAUAGCCCAUACCCUUUCACUUCCUCGAGCUACUGUGCGAUUCGAUCAUAACAACCCGUUGUUAUUAGGGACCACAAUAUACUACAAGAAGGACCCUUGAUUAAAACUGUCAUAAGACCUCAUCGGUGUUAAUCUGAAACGGAUAUCGCAAAGAUGGUUGCUUCUUUAGAUUCCUCUCGUCCUAUCAUGGCUCCAAGUGUAUGUUUAUUCUCUUUACUUCCCUUCAUCGUUCUACAUAAUUGUCCCGUCCAUCCAUCAUCCAGAUUUCAGCAGAUACUACCUCCAUAAAAUCAUCAAUUGAUCUUCGCUGACAAAUAUGCCCAACACAAAGGUCUCCUCCAAAAGCAAUCGCUUCAGUACCUACAGCCAAGCCAUCUCUGUCGAGACCACGGAUUCUGCGAGAGAAGAAUUCAUCGCCAUUGAAGAAGGUUUCGACAAACUACACAAUAAGGAGUUAGAGAGUCAACGUUGCGAUUUGACAACGGAGCAGAGAGAUAAUAUGGGCAAACUGGCCUUGGGAGCCAAGUUGGAGAGAGCAUUGGGUCGAAGAAUGGGUAGCCAAGAUGCCGUCAUGCGAAAAAAGUCACCAUCACAAUCAUCCGCCGACUCACCUUCAUCACCGAUGAACGAGAAGGCUCACGUCUCUGAGAGCGAGAAGGAAAAUGCUGCAUAAUGGAUGGUGUAUUGAGGGACGACAUGGCUGCUAUGAUAGGAGGACGACUAUUGUGUUAAGGAUUCUCACUCGGAUACUUAUGGGCUUCGAUUGGCGUUUCGUGAUGUUUCAUCUUUGCCGUCACCUCAAGCAUACCAUUUCAUUUGAUGGAGGUCGGCAACUGUUUUCGAAGCUUUUAUACCACACCUGCGCGCACGCAUAGCGAAAGAUGAUCUUUAUAAAUUGGUAUGUAACUUGCUCAUUAUUAGAAGCAAGUGUACAUAGGAAAUCUGAAGCUUA